AUUUUACAGAAGGUAAAGCAAGAAAAAGGAUUGAAUAAGUUGUUAUGAAAUGAUUUUACCAAACAGGAGCAGUUGGCAGUGGUUAGACUGUAUUAAAAAAUUAUGAAUGUCACAAUUUGCUUGAGCAGGUAAGCAAUCUUUCAUCCCCUUAUUCCCUUUUCUCUCUCCUUCCUAUUAAUCAUUACUUACCCCUUUCUUUACUUUCUAUUUAGUACUACUAAAUUACUCUUAACCCAAUUAUUUUCACUGUGAUCUUCACCAUAUAUUCUGGAAUUUGAUACUUUUGUUGAGUUUUUGAUCUUAUAGUCUUAAUUCAACUAAACAUCUGUUUGAUGCUUUCUGGGUUUAUGAUUCUAUACCUGUUUUAGGGAAAAUUUCAAUACUUCUAAAAGGGAAUUUGAUGCUAAUUGAUCUUCUUUAAAUUACCCAUUUCAGAAUAUUAGCAAAGAAAACAACUUUUUCAAUUUGUUUAAUUUUCUUUCUUAUUUAGGUGUUUGAUUUGAUGUUUAUGCAAAUUCAAUGUCUCAUUAUUUUGGGAAUUAUUGAUAUUUAAAUAUCCAUUUGGAUUCCCACUGCCAUUCUGUUAAAGAAGUUGUCUUGAAUUUGAUCCUCGUUUUUUUGAUUAUAGAUAAAAAUAAAAUAAAAUAAAAUAAAAACCCAGUUCAAUUUUUUUUCUGGGUAUUGUAGAAUUUGAGAUUUUUAUACUGAAGAACAACAAAAGGUGCAGAAGAAGAAAGGGAAUCUGCUUUCUUUAUGCAAGUCUGAACAUGGGUGAUGAUGGUAAUAGUCAAAUGGGUUUUCAACAUAGUAGUGAUAUCAUGCUCAAUUCCCCAUCUUCUGGCAUGAACACAAGAUCCAUGACAUUAGGUUCAGUUUAUGGUUCUGGUUGGGAUCCCAUGGUUUCUCUUUGUCAAACUGAAAAUUUUCAUGCUGAAUUAACUAAAUCUUCCUCUUACCCUCUUUUAUUGGAAAACCAAGGGAUUAGUAAUUCACACAUCCAAAACUACCCAUCUGAUCCUAACCUUGUUCAAAUGUUACCCAAGCUCCCAAUGUUUGGGAACAGAAAUUUCCCUGAUAUGGCUAAUCCCUUUGGCCUUUCUGGGGGUUCACUCACUCCUAGUGCUCUGUUUCCUCAAGAUUAUGCCUCUAAUAGAAGUGGGUUAGAUGAGAAGACAUCGGAAAAUGCUACUCAAGCAGAGAGAGGCUGCCAAUUUAUCGAUGAGAGAGCUGUAGGUGUAUCACCGAAUGGCAAGAGGAAGCGAGAUUCUGAAUCUCCUCCGAUUAAUGAGAGUGCUGAUUUAGAAUCGCACAAAGACCGUCUAAGUGAUGCUUCGGGCCAGAAAGAACAGGACGAUAGAAAAAAGAAAAAUGACCAGAAGGAUGCUGGCAAUGCGUCGAGUAAGCAAGCAGGAAAACAAGUGAAAGAAGAUUCUCAAGGCGAAGAGGCCCCGAAACAAAAUUACAUUCAUGUGAGGGCUAGACGUGGUCAGGCGACAAAUAGUCAUAGUCUUGCAGAACGGGUGAGAAGAGAGAAGAUCAGCGAAAGAAUGAGACUUCUUCAAGAACUGGUUCCCGGGUGUAAUAAGAUUACUGGGAAAGCUGUUAUGCUUGACGAGAUAAUAAACUACGUGCAAUCACUCCAGCAGCAGGUUGAGUUUCUAUCAAUGAAACUUGCCACCGUGAAUCCUGAACUAAACUUUGAUAUCGAGCGUCUUCUAUCAAAAGAUAGUGUGCUUUCACGAGGCAGCGGCCCAUCUAUUCUCGGUUUCGACCAAGCCAUGGGCACCUCUCAUGCUUUCUCUCAGGGAAUUCAUCAAAGUUUAACGGCUAUCCCGAAAACAGCUGCACAUUAUCAUCACAUACCUCAGGCUGUUUGGGACACUGACCUACAAAGUCUUCUUCAAAUGGGGUUUGACUCUAACUCAGCUGUUACUGGUCUUGGACCAAAUGGUAACUCAAAGACUGAAAUGUAGGAUUAUUAUUAUGGGAGAUACGCAGGUUCUGAUCCAAUCUAACAGAAAAUUCAAUAUUUAGUUGAUUCAACUAGAAAACUGAAAACAGAGGGAAAAUAUGAAGUAUAUUUUUUGCAGAAAAAUGGAUAAUUAAGGCCUUAGUGUGUUGUUGUAUAGGUGUUCAGUUCCUGACUUUUCUUCGAGUUUUAGAGAAGAAGGCGACUUGUUAGAUUCAUGACUUCUUUGUAAAUUGAUAAGUUGUUUCGAAACCGGUUGAACAUUAUCAUUUUUUUCGUCCUAAGGGUAACUCGGUGAACACAAAGCUUUGGAAUGUUUCGAUUUGCAAUGUGGUUUGUAGGAAUCUUUAUGAUUUUGUAAAGGAAUCGAGUUCUAUUUUAAUAGUAUGAUGACUCAGAUUUGGUUUUU